UUCGAUGUUAUAGAUUUUAUGAAAGAAAUCAAGCAAUGAAUUUUACAAACAAACCGUGUUAAAUUACUCCAGGAAAGAAUUUUUAAUCGUCUCAAUCACAAAGGAAAAUUUGAAUGUGUACGAUUUUGUUUAAAAAGUAUAUUUGAACAGAAUGAAGAGUCAGUUUGGUUGCUUCUCUUGUACGCCAAAUUGUAAAAAAAGAAACAAUUUAUAAAGGAAAAAUGGAGAUGGAUGAUGAAAGAAAAAAACACGAAGGCAAGAUGAAUAGGUUGGUGGAAAUGGCCAAUGCACAAAUCAAGAAAAAUGUAAAAAACAGUGAAGUGCAGAAGGUAGAAAGAGUUGAAAAGCUUGGUCAACAGGAAAGAGAAGAUGCAAACAGGAAACCACGUUUUGAUGUCGUAUCAGGUGUAGGUUACACUCAAAUACUCGAUGCUAUGUCACACUAUUAUGCUGAUAUAGAAUACAAUACUCUCCCACUAUCUGACCAACAAUUGGAGUUCUACACUACUUUUGUUAAGGAAGUCCUUCUCCCUCGCAUUGCUGAGAAAGAUUGCAGGUUUCAGUUUAAGGAAAUUAUCCAGUCUGGGAGUUUUAAAGAAAAUACAGUGAUUAACAAAAAAACCUAUUGCCAGAACUACAUAGAACACGAAUUUGAUUUUAUGUUAUGUAUGAAAGAUUUUAAUUAUGACUCGGUAAUAAUUAUCAAUAGUCAUGAAAGUGCAUUCAAAAAAAUCGCUUUAGUUGGGGAUGACAUGCCAUUAUGGAGAGAAUGGUGCGAAGUGAUUGACAAUGAAAACUUGUUAAUGCCAGAGAAAAUUAUGCACGCUUUUGAGGAUGCUGUGAAAGGGGUCAUGGAAGAAUUGAUGGCUCAAGAAAAAGGCUUAGCAUCUGGAUGUAUUGAAACAAGCAGAAAUGGACCUGCCGUAACUUGUGAAUUUGAUAUAGCAAGACUACCAUUGGAAAUGCAAUCACCUUAUGAGGAAGACGAAAGAAGCAUUAUUCAGCGGAAAGCUGGCCUCAACGUUAUCAAUAAUUGGAGUAUAGACCUUGUUCUUUGUCUCCCCACUAAUAUAAACUUAGGUAGUCAAUUUAACUUCGAAUCAACAUCACAGUUUUGGCCUUCAAAGAUGUUGAAGGAAAUUAUCUUGUCAAUGCCUCUUUUACUUGUUCCGAAAACGCAUGAAACUUCACAGGAAACAUGGCGAGUUUCUACGUCACCUGCUGAAUUACUUUUAGCAAAAGAUAUCAAGCAAAACUACCCUUUAGUAGCUCAGUGCUGGAUCAUUAUGAAAGCUGUGAUGAAAACACACCUUUAUAAGCCGAAGUGCGUCACUUCAUAUAUAUUGAAAAGUGUGGUUUUCCAGCUGCUAGAUCAUAUACCGCCAGAUUACUUAACUAAGCAAACCUCGCCUGAGUUUGUGUUGGGUAUCUUAGAUGCUUUUGUUAUUGGCUUAGGGCAGAGAUUUUUUCCUCAUUAUUUCAACAAGUCUAUUAAUCUCUUGUCUUCAACUUUGGAGCACAAAGAUUUAGAUGCACUGUUAAAAAUCUGCAUGCAGGUCAGAUUACAGCCUGAUUAUUACGUGAGAACAACUCCUAACUGUGAUACUUACUUUACUGAUCUGUUAUAAACAAUAAAUUUGGUUAUAAAAACUUGACAACAAGCCCUUGUGGUAAGGUUGAUAUGCCUGCUUGGAAAUUUCAGAAAACCACAAAAUAUUUCUUGUUUUUUAAAGGGACUACGAAACGAUUUAAUAAGCCCAAUUAAUGGAGUGUUAUAAACGGAUCACUCAGAAGGUCAAGAAAUUAUACACACUUUAGAAUCAUAUAGACUUGUAGACACCUGAUUAUGAAUAAUUACUUUUUUAUGAUGAAUUUGCUACUUUUUUUAUUUUCUAAAAAACAAAGUAAUUCUUAGCGGUAAAAAAGCUACGGUCUGUUAAAUACUUUAUUCGGAGAAACUUUCGCGAGAGAAACUUCGCGAAUUUCGCGUUUUUGGCAUUUUUCGUGAAACUUUGUCUCGCGAAACUUUUAAAAAAUGGCCAUUCGCGAAAGUUGAUUCAGUACAAACUUUCCAAAUUGUCGAUUCGCGAAAGUUUAUCCACUAAUAUUUAAAUGAAACUUGCCGGUCUUAAAAGUUAUUUCUUGACUCGCCCUCACUUGGCUCGACCUCCCCAUAAAAAAAGAGACAACUGGCGCUGGGAACGAGAUUGGAAUAACUUAGAGAUAAACAAAAGCGAUGAUGUUUCAAAUGUAUAAGUAUGGCUUAUAACCGAGUUACUGACGAAGAAGACGAUGACAACGAUGCGUGAGAGCCGGAAGAAGACGAGCCUAGAAAUGUGUUUGAUCUGCUUUGUGAUUUUGACGAUAAAACCAGUUUGUAAAUAGAGGUUUUUACAUACCAUUAGAAAGAAAAUUACAUCGUUGAAAAACACCUUUCUAUCAUAACAAAUAUAGGCCACUUUUUUUAUAACAACAUAAAAAUCACAAAUCGCGAAAGUUUAUCUCGCCAAAACUUUCCAAUUUCAGAUUUCGCGCAAGUUUAUAUAAAAAAUUUCGCGUGUUUUUGGACUCGCAAAAGUUUCUCUCGCGAAAGUUUCUCCAAAUAAAGUAUAUUAAAUAUCAGUAAAUCGAAAUUUUGUUUUGACGAAGGAACAGAGACAACACGAGGAGCUAUGUUACUUACUAGCUUGGAGAAAAUAAUUUAAUACCUCUAAAAAGAUUUAAAGUCAUUCGUUUUUUGUUUUGACUGGCUUUAUGUGUCAUAAACUUGCAUGUUUUUUAAAAAAAUUUUGAAGGAUUGAAGCUUGAAGUUUAAUUGUAUUAAGUAUCAUAUAUGGAUAUCCAAUAUAUGUGGGGAACUUUUCUGUCAUUUUUAGUUAUAUUUGGAUGCCGAUGAUUUAAGAUAUUGUUUUUGUCCUCAGUGAGCAUAAACAUCUCCACUUUCAUUAGCUCAACAAAACCAACUGUUUUCUUGUAGCCCUUUUAAUGAUCUAGAUUAUUCGCGAUAUUUUUAGAGGAAUUAUAAACAUUUUUUCCUUACUUUACAACGUGCUCUCUUUAAUUAAACUCAACUUUACAUAUGGGGCUUGAUGAUAAGGGAAAGUAUGUCUUCUACUUACUCCAGUCAUGACUUCAUUGUAUUUAAUGAAACUUUGUAUGUAUAUGAAACACAUAUACAUACCAUGACGUAGUUGUUAAACUGGUCAAGUUGUUUGGUUACAUUGUCAAGAAAAAAUAACAAUACUAUUGUUGACGCAAGAUUGCAUAUGAAUACCAGUAGCAGUUUUCAAAACACCAGUGGUGUGCACCAAUCAAUGGCUGAAAGUAAGUUUUUCACUAACGUUGCAGCUCGCUUUUAUCGUUUGUAACCUUUCCGUUAGAGACAAUUUUUGCGAAGUUAGAAAGUCGUAACUUUUUGCGAGAAUUUAAAUUCGCGAAUCACGAAAAAAGAUUUUAAUGAUGUUAAAUUUAUAUUGUUUUUAAGGGCGUUUGUGUCCCAGUAAACGCAAAGAGGUCCUUAAGACAGCUCUUUUAUUUGCAAAGUCGUUCCGACGUCUUUCAACUAGAAAAUACGUCUUAAUAUAAUCUCUGGCAGACCAGUCAAAUCUCCUUUGAAUAGAACAGGGGUCAUUUAAAGGUUACGUAACACCCAAUUUUGCUAUUUUAUACCACCUAGUGUUAGAUUUGUAACGUAUCGUAACAAAACUAGUAGAACCCACCCGCCCAUCCCGCCCUUUUUACGUAGUAUUUUGAAUCGUAAGACCUCCAUUUCCUACAGUACUAAAAACACUAAAUGUAACAGAUAAUCAGGCAAGCUGGUGUUCUAGCGAAGAAGAUAUAUUAGGGCCAUUUAUUAGGUUAUAUCUUCUAAAAAACCGCUAGAAGUGGGUUGAAUAAACAAACCCCUUAGUCUUAAACAUAAAAUAUAACAAAAGAAAAACACUUUUUAGAACAAUAAACGGUUCGGGAAAUUACCAAGUGGGAUAUUUUCUACGCAUCGGUUUACACUUGUUUUUUAUAAGAGCAAUAUUAUUGUAAGAAAAUGUAGGCUUAAACUUGCUGCCAAUAGGAACAAAGUAAAAUUAUUGGCAAGCUUGAA